CAACGGUCUUCUUUAUACCUUGGAAUAUGGCCCGCUUUCUAUGUAUAACUUUUCUAGUCAUUACUCUCUGUGGCAAUCAAACUGGAUCUUCUGCUGGGGUUAUCUCACAGCUGGAGUCAACAGUGAGGGUAAAUCCUGGACUCCCAACCACUCUUUGGUGCUAUAUCAAAUCAGAUGUGCACUUUUCAAUUUUAUGGAUGAAAAUUCCCCUUAACAAAGCCCCAGUGUGUAUAGCCACUGCUCAGGCGCUCGCAGACGGUGUGGAAAUGUAUGAACAAUUUAAAGACCACUCCAGAAUCAGUGCCACUUGGGAUAAAAAUACCUUUAAUUUGUCAUUCUCAUCAGUGGAAAUAAUAGACAGUGCAACAUACCUUUGCGGUGCAUAUAUUUAUAAAAAAUUCUUUUUUGGAAAGGGGAGUAAACUGAUCAUUCAAGAAUACGCUGAAGCAACAACCAUAUCAAACACAACAGCAGACACUGAAGAGAAAAAACGAAAGUCACAAAUAUUAGAAUCUUUAUUGCCAGCAUUAGUAGCCACUAAUGUUGCAUCAAUAUUUGUCAUCAUUUUACUCUGUCACCUCUUAGCUAAGAAAAAAUCAGGUGUAAACAGUAGUGCAGGUGACAAUAACUAUUCUAGUCUCACAUCUGGGCAGAAACAGAGAAGAACUGUCAAGAAGAUGGCCAGUGCGGUAACCUCAGUUUUAUAUGGAGCUGUGUGAACCCAAGAGGAAAUAGAAUUCUGUGCAAAAUAACGGUUUUGAAGAGUCACCAUUACUGUAUGUGGCCAGUGUUGCAUCACCUUACGAUAAAAUGAAAUAAAAAGUGUCAGUGUCCAUAAUGUUCUGUAAAGUCCACCUACUCCUGCUCGUUUACACUGUUUUGGCAAUAAUGGCUGAGGAAGGACAAGCUAUUUGUUGCAUUUAUCAAUAAUUUAUUAGGCAAAUUAAAAUAAUUAUAUUCUCUGAUUAAUCAUGUCAUAAAUACUU